UGAAGUAUUUUGCUCUGAGUAUUUUGGGUCUGCUGAUGUGGCCUCUCAACGGGGGAUAAUGUGAACUGAAGUGAGGGAACAUUUCGGUUAGAGGAGGAGGCAGAAAGGAGGGAGGAGGGGCAGAUAAGGUAAAAAUGUAAAAAUAGACAAUCAAAUAAAAGGAGAGAGAAAGUAUGGGAGCAGAAUUGGCACAUAAAAACAGAUACCUUCAAAAAGUGUGUGAAUAGGAGAGGAAAAGCUAUGCAGCUGGCAAGACGCAGGAGAACAAGGGGAAUAGCAACGGAGGACAGAAGCAAGUGAAACUGCCUGCCAUCUUGACCACGAUGCACCUGACUAUGAACCUGCUCUGCCUGCUGGUCCUGACCAUUCACCCUGACCUGGCCAUGGGAGGAAGAUCCCAGCGCAAACAAAGGCAGGCUGAGGACAGUCUGAGACCAUACCUGGGUAGAGUGGACCCAGUCCAACUGUGUGAGCUGCUGAAGUGUCACAGUCCAAUGGGCUCCUGGUGCCAAGUGGUGCAGGACAACAGAGUCCUCGUCCCAAAGUGUGUGUGUCCGAAGACCUGCCCAUGGCAGGGGGCACCAGUGUGCAGUGUUCUGGGAAAGACCUAUGGCAACGAGUGUCUGCUGCAUAGAGAAGCCUGCCGCAAGAGACGUCGCAUUGGACUGGCUCAUAUAGGGCCCUGUCUUGUUCCCAAGGCAAACUGCACAGAGGAGGAGUAUGGCCAAUUCCCAUACCGCCUAAUGGACUGGUUCCUCCUAUUGAGUCGUAUGGGAGAGUCUUAUGCCCCCUACGCCCUGCCCCAGAGCUGCCUGAGCCAUGCCCAGCGCACCCAACUAGCCCAGCGGAGGUUUGCCCUGCUGGACAAGAACAAGGACGGGAAGCUGAGCCAGAGGGACCUGAGGAAGUUGCGCUACAAGAGGAUGCCUCUCGAGCAAUGUGCUAACUUCUUCUUCCAGUCAUGUGACCAUAACAAGAACAGUAAGGUGACCCUGCAUGAAUGGAUCUCCUGUCUGGUGGAUCGCUCAGAGAGCUGGUUCCACAACUUCAUGUCUAUGAAAAUGGGAUCCAGUAAGCUGUGUCCCAUGAAGCCCAACAACCACCUUUGAUCUGGACAUCAACACAUCUCCUCUCGCUUGUCUACAUGUGCAUCUGUUUAUCACUGCUAUCUACAAUAAUAAGCAUCAAAGAUGAUCCACUUUUCUCCACUUCCAGCAUCAUACUCCCCUAACAAACACAGUACUGAGUGUGACAGUUUUUGAUUUACGACAUCUGUUUUGUGACGGUCACUGUACAUUCAUCUGUGUGGAGAAAUGGCCUGUAAUAAAUGUCUAUGAGACCUGGCUGCCC